AUGGACGACUACUCAGAGGGUUAGAUGAUGGAGGAUGGAGAUUCUGAUAUGGAUCAAUAUGGCCAGCAUGAGGGGUACAUGGACGAAGAUGGAAAUAUGCACUACGCUGAUGGAGAUAUGAUGGGAAGUGAAGAUGGUAUGGAUCAUGGCGAUUCAUAUGGUCAUGAGGGUUCUCCUGGAUAUGGAUAGCAUAACGAAGGUUCAGUUAAUUUCGAUGAUAACCCAGCUUUCGCAAACAUGCCACCUUUAGAUCGCAUGCGUAAAAUCAGACGUGAUAUCGUUCGCACGAUUAAUGAUUAUCGUGAGGCUCAGCAGACUCCAGGCAUCUACUUGGAUAUACUUUCGAAUAAGGCUGCUGCAGAGUACGCUGAGUACUUGCUAGAAAAUGAAGAAGACCCUAAUGUUGUUUAGGAUAUCUUAAACAAGCACCUGAUUGUUGGAUCAGUUGUUGUUUGCGUCGGUUACUCUUACUUAGAAGAGGAUGAUGUUGAUGAUAGAGUUCUUCAUCAUGAAUUCAUGGAUGCUCAUGGUCUAUUGUGCGAGUUGGGUGAAGAAUUAGAUAAAUUAUUAGAUCCUAAGAUCACUCAUGCUGGUAUUGGUUUUUCAUGGAAUAAAUAGCAAGUUAAGGUUGUAGAAUUCCUCUCAGUAAAGCCACUUAUGAUUAAUUAAUUGACUGAAUCAGAAGAUGGAGGUAUUGAUGUUAGAGGUAUGAUGUUGAGUAGCGAAGUAGGUCUCUAUGCUGCUAGAGUUGUCGCUAUCAAGAAUUUGAAGAAAGAUAUCAAGGUAGUAGGACCAGCAAACAUUUAAUUCGAUAAGAAUACAAGAACUUUUAUCAUUAAUAUCGAGGGUCCAGUUGAAAAUGUGUUUUACUCAGAUGACCCUAAAGUUUUAGAAAUCUAUAUUAGAAAAGCCUAAAUUGACAAGAUUUAAUACAGUGUCUAAACUUAAGAGAGAGUUAAUGUUGCUCACUUGGAACUAGCAUUAAGACUACCAAUGGAGUAUAUCCCAGAUCCAAGAACUGUCAUUGAAGAUGCGUAAGAUAAGGAAAAGGAAGAAAGAGAUGCUGCUGAAAGAAGAAAAAGAGAACAAGAGGAAAGAAUGGUUAAAGAAGCAUAAAAACUUGUUCGAUAGGAGGAGAAAAAGAAGAAGAGAGAAUAGUAGGCAGCUGCUAGAGAUGCUGGUGAAGAUGUUGAGUCAAUAGCAUCAUCGACACUUUUAUCUGAAAAAUCAGGAUCAAAGAAAUCAUAAGCAAAGCAGCAAGAAAGAUCAGCUUAAUCUCCCAACGCCUAAUCAGAAAAAAUGACUCAUUCUGAGAGACAAAGUAUUGGCAAGCAUCAAAGCCAAGGUGAAAGUAACAGUGACGAUGAUGAUGGUGAUAAUAUGGAUGAUGAUUAAAAAGAGGAAUCAUUAGAUGAAAUUGCUGAUCUUCCAUCCUAGAAUGAAAUGAAAAGAGAACUCAUUAUUGCUAUUGAAGAAGAACUUAGAGAAUAGGAAGCUUUGAAAAAGCAAAAUGAGGAGUUAUAGAGAUAGAUCAUCAUUAUGGAACCUUCAUAUGAACAAUAUGAUAAGUAACCAGAUGUUUCCAUGAAUGAGCACAAGUAUCUUAACACUCUAGCCAACGUCCAUCAAGUUAGAUUCAAUCUGAAAGAAACUCAAGACAGGUACAAUAAAAUGGCAUCAGAGCUCCAAGCUAAGUUGAAUGAGAAACAAGCUAAAUGCCAUGAAAUCGAGUAAUAAUUCAAGGAACUAAAGAGAAGUGUAGCCCAGAAUGCAGUGUUUUCUCGUACAGGCAAGAAGAUUUCAAAGAAGGUAUUGGAUGAGUGGGAAGAGAUGGAUGCCUUGAAGGACUAAGAGGUACAUUAGUAUAGACUGCAAAACAUUGCUCUUAGAAAUAGACUGGCUAAUAAGGAGAAGAUCCUUAAGAAAAAGGAGCAGUUGGCAGAUGGUCUUCACUUGAUUGAUUUCGAGCAACUUAAAAUUGAAAACUAGACUCUUAAUGAGAAGAUUGAAGAGAGAAAUGAAGAGUUGCACAAACUUAGAAAAAAGAUCACCACUACUGUAGUUAUUUUGAGUCAUACAAGAGAAAAGCUGCAGUAUGUCCAAGAGCAAAAUAGACAACAGAAUGAAAACCUCAAGGACCUCAAUGAGAUAUUGAACAAUGAGAAGACUGAAUUGAGCAGAUUGAAGAAAAAUAGAGAAACUCUAUGGAAGGAGAAUCAAAAGCUCAAGCAAAAGACUGGUAUUGUCAACAAGAAGUCCCUUAAGACUGAUUACGAUAAGAGAGAUGACGAGAUUAGAGAUCAAAGCGAUAGAAUCAAAGAGCUUCAAGAGUAUCAUACAAGGCUCACAAAGAUUAUUGAGAGAGCUAAUAUAAUUCAACAGUCAAGAAUGACUAACUGA